AAGGUACAAGUUCUAUAGGUACUGCCCAUGUCCACUUUCGUUUUCGUAUUCUGGAAAAUUGAAUAAUGAGAAGAAAUCAGCCUAUAUCAUAGGCAUUAUAAAAGCAUAAAUUAACCUUAAUUAAACCAAAAUCUUCAAUUAAUCGUGUAGUAAACAAUAUUAAGAUAAUGUUUUAAGAAAAAAGUCAUGAUUAGUUUGUCCAAUGGAAUAGUUCGUCUCAUAAUCAGUUCACUUAACUGUUCAGGUUGUUGAGUGCUCUUCGGCAUGUAUAAUGGCUUGUAAUGGAUUUUUAAAUCGAACAAAAUGACAACCUAUGUGUCAAUGCUAUAUGAUUUUUUUUAUUAUUAUAUGUUGUGGGAAAUUUAGCAAACAGGCAACUUACCGACUGGGUUGAAUGAAUGUAUGCAUGCAUCAAUGUAACCUGCGAUUUGAUUGGAUAAGGACAAUUGUUGGUAUUUCUACUUUCGUUUCUGUUGAAUUAUUCGACGUCCAUAUUAGACGAAGAUGCGACCGCGCUAGUGCUGUACAGAUCCAUGAUAUUCUUUUCACAUCAGGAGGAACAGAGGCCAACAACAUGAUUUUACAGACUGCUCUCAAGCACUUUCAUCUCGGUCACGAAAUCACUAAUGGGACUGAUCCCAGUAGGGGAGACAACUCAGACCAGCUGCCCCACUUUAUCACCUCCAACAUGGAACAUGAUUCGGUGAAGCUUGUACUGGAAAACCUGGCUGAGGAGGGAAUCGCUACCAAUAAAGGAGAUCUUUGAGAGUAUCCGUCACAUCAAUUUGACUCGUAAAAACCUGCCACGAAUCCUGCUGCACACAGAUGCAGCCCAGGCUAUUGGUAAAAU